GGUGUACAGCAGCGCUGUGUGUUGGUGUGGGGUCCCUUUUUAAUCUACAAAGCAAAGCUGCUGAAAAAUAACACUUCCCCAACCCACAAACCAAAGGAGACGAGCUGAAAAAAAUGGAAGAUGCCUUUUAUGGACAGCCCCCCCCGCACACAAUAGAACCCAAGGACGAGAGGCUGGGACACGCCACCAUUAUUUUGGUGGCAGUGGAGACUUUCGGGCUCAUCAUGGAUGUAGUGGCCCUCCCCGCCUGCCGCCGCGAAACCCAACUUUGGCGACGUUCAAUCUGCAUGCACGCGGAGAUCGAUCCCUGCAAGCGGAGCCGGUAAACGCGCGCUCUUAACAAUCGCGUUUCUGUCGACGCGACAAUUUAAGCGGGCGGCUGGAAUUUGAACUGCUUUGGAAAAGCGGCUGGGGGGGGGGGGGGGAGACGCACCACCCUGGCAUCUACUGAGCCAAGCCGCUUCAACCUGUGCCGCUUCCAUCGGUAGAGAACCACGGAGGGUGUCGAAGCGACGCCACAGCAAUGUACGAUCGCAUGGUGAGGAGUUUGCGUCCAGAGAUGUACGGUGUCGUUCGCUCCGAGGCCGAGGAGGGCAUGGCACUGAAGGGCGUCUCCGCGCAGAACGGCCACCCGAGCGGCAACAAACUCUACCGGCGGCCCGCGCCGGGGCGCAGCCGCUUCGUCAAGAAGACGGGGCAGUGCAACGUGCACUUCGUGAACGUGGACAACCGGCCGCGACGCUUCCUCUCCGACAUCUUCACGACGUGCGUGGACGUGCGCUGGCGCUGGAUGUUCCUCAUCUUCUCGCUCGCCUUCGUGCUGUCCUGGCUGGCCUUCGGCCUCGGCUUCUGGCUGCUGGCGUGGCUGCACGGCGACACGGCGCGCCCCCGCGACUCCCCCGACGGCGAGCCGUGCGUCGCCAACGUGGACGGCUUCACGUCGGCGUUCCUCUUCUCGCUCGAGACGCAGACCACCAUCGGCUACGGCUACCGCUGCGUCACCGAGGAGUGCCCGGCCGCCGUGCUGCUCGUCGUGCUGCAGUCGGUCGCCGGCUGCAUCGUCGACUGCUUCGCCAUCGGCGCCAUCAUGACGAAGAUGGCACGCCCCAAGAAGCGGGCGCAGACGCUCGUGUUCAGCCGCCACGCCAUCGUGGCGAUGCGCGACGGCAAGCUGUGCCUGGCGUGGCGCGUGGGCAACCUGCGGCGCAGCCACCUGGUCGAGGCGCACGUGCGCGCCCAGCUCGUCCGGCCGCGCGUCACCGAGGAGGGCGAGUACAUCCCGCUCGACCAUCAGGACCUCAACGUGGGCUACGACCAGGGCCUCGACCGCAUCUUCCUGGUGUCGCCCGUGAUGAUCGUGCACGUGAUCGACGAGGACAGCCCGCUGUACGCGAUGAGCAAGCGCGACCUGGACGCGGAGGACUUCGAGAUCGUGGUGAUCCUCGAGGGCAUGGUGGAGGCGACCGCCAUGACGACUCAGGCGCGUACCUCCUACCUGUCCAGCGAGGUGCUGUGGGGCCACCGCUUCGAGCCCCUGCUCACCGAGGAGAAGGACAACUACCGUGUGGACUUCUCAAAGUUCCACGACACCUAUGAGGUGGCGACGCCGCUCUGCAGCUCCAAGGACCUCGCCGAGAACAAAUACGUGGUACCGUGCGGUGACUUCUCGUACGAGAACGAGCUGAACCUGGGCCGGGGUGGCGCGCCGGUGCCGGACGUGGCCGAGCAGAAGAGCCUCGUGCGGCCACUUUCAGGCCUGCACGAGGGGCGGCCGUCGCAGGCCACCGUCCCACUCGACGAGGGCCAGCAGCGGCGAGAGUCGGAGAUUUGAGCGCGCAACCCUCGGUGCGGUUCACUGUGGAAGGGCAACGCGACGAUGUCGGACGCUAGUUCGUCAAGGCCACCGCUCGCGGACUUGCCACCGCUGUCAGGUGGUGGGCACGUCCCGUCGCACAAAGGGUGACCGACCCGCCACGGGGGCCCCCUGACCCUCGUGGCCCGAGGCGGGAGUGUCGCGAGCCAAGUACUACUGAGUCGGUCCCCGCAAAUGAAUUAUUGUGCACCUCAGGUCUGAAGUCGGGUCGCAGCUCGGCGAAGAGGUCGGGGCCGGACAGCUGAAUGGGACGGCCUUUGGGGGGGGGGGGGGGGCAUGUGCCUUGUCCUGUCGGUGCCGCCGUGGCUCGCCAUGGCCGUGGCUCGCCGUGGCUCAUCGUGAGCGGGCACUUUUAGUCGUCCUUGGAUAAAAAGGGGGGGGGGGGGUCGCCUCCUGCGAUUCGCAAAAAAAUAAACACUGACUGUCCUGGUGAAGUCUCCCCCAGCGUGGGAGAAGAUCAUCUGUACUUUUUAUUGCCAAAUGCUGCUACAUUUUAGAUCUUUGGUCUAGCAUGCUAUUUUUUAAAACUCUACUAACUACUAUUAUUAUUAUGAAACGUGUCUUUUUACUUUCGAUGUGAACUUUUGUUUUAAAAGGAAUAAACUCCCUGUCGUACUUUAGCUCGUGCAACAAAGAAAAAGGUGUUCAAGCUGGAGUCCAAAAAAAAAUUGUGCGAAGAGGACAAUUCACCUGUGGGUCCGUUUUUUGUUUUCUUUUUACCCGUCGCCGCCGUGACCGCCUCGUUUCUCACGACGAUCGCGUGUACAUUGCGAAAUGUUUUUUCUCGCAAGUCUCCCUUUCUUUCACUCGCACGCUCUCACUCACUCGGUUCUCUCUCUCUCUCUCACUCCGGGAGAGCGUCUUUUUCGACGCGGCUCGACAAAGGCCCGCGUUGUUUUUCGUGCACAAAGAGGUCCCUGUGUGUGUGUGUGUGUGCGCGGCUUCUCCGCCGACACUGGCUCCCGUGCGAAUGUGAAACGUGUCUCCGCACCCCACACUGCCCCCCCCGCCCGCUUCACAAAAACCCGAUAGCAGCACGCAACCGAGAUUAAUUUCGGACAUUGGCAUCUGGCAGCCAGCUCUGAUAUCUAAACUGGGGCUAAACAAUACCCGGAGUCGAGGAAGUUACGUCAGCAGGGAUGGGUUAUGCCUGCGGAGAUUAAUUACCGAAAAAUGAAAUCUAAAUUCGAAUCUGUCGUCGAUGAAGAGGCACACCCCCGGCGAGGUGAACUGUGCAUGGCGUUGUCCAGACCACCCGCUCAUAAGGAACUGACUGCGAUGGUGGCCAUUUUGUCCGCCGCUGGGAUGGCCACGUUUUCUCAACGGUUUUUUUCAGUUGGUGGUUCUAAAGGGACGACACGUGGCCACACACUGUCACACGUUUGUCUGGAUAAGGCCUAAGAGCUUUGUUCGUUCAGUGCUGCAAGCACGCGUUUUGCGCGUGCGUGCGGACGCGCUUGUUGUUAAAUCUGUGAAAUUGACCAGCAGUUUCUCAACGUCCACAGGGCACAUUAUGUUGCAAUAGAAGUUGGCGUCAUAGAUAUUACACUACAAGCGGCUGUGUGUGUGUUAUGCAUGCACGUGUACAUUAAUGAAGGCGGUUUUAUAGACUUUAUACAGAGUGCUAUCCAUGCAAACAUCUAUUUUUCACAAUUAUUGUUAAAACCGCUUGAAAGAGGUUUUAAAAUCGGUAUCGGCGUGCCCGCGUGAAAUGCAAAUUAAAUUUUUUGGUGUUUUUUUUUGAAUCCCCGGCAUUUUUUUUAUUUCUGGGGCAAGGAACUUGGCAGUGUCGGCAUGCCUCCCCCCCUCCCCCCCCCCAGUUGAAUUCCAGCCUCUGCUCAUACCAGAGGUGUGGACUCGAGUCAUGUGACUUGGACUCGAGUCAGACUCGAGUCAUGAAUUUGAUGACUUGAGACUCGACUUGGACUUGCAUAACAAUGACUUUGUCCCACCUCUGAGGUGUGGACUCGAGUCAUGUGACUUGGACUCGAGUCAGACUCGAGUCAUGAAUUUGAUGACUUGAGACUCGACUUGGACUUGCAUAACAAUGACUUUGUCCCACCUCUGGCUCAUACUGUUGUACUUGGCUGCCCUUCAUCACUAUCAAGCCGUUCCCACCUAAAUAAAGUGCCCCGGGCGAUUCUCAUGAGAUUGGAGGAGGAAGGGUUGAACGACAACUGCUACUUGGCUGUCACUCUACGUGGCUGUCAUGCCCAAAAACAGGCAGGUUUAUCUAUUUUUUUUUGCACAGAACGACAAAAAAAAGUUGCGUAACCGAGCGGCCGCACAUCUCCCUAUCCGGUUAAGCGUCCACACCCGGUGUGGUAUUUUCUGCACGGUCUAAGCUGUCACUUUCUGAGGCGAGACGUUCACGAAUUUGGACCCCUACAGACGCAGCACAAGCGUCUGUACGUAUGCAUUACGUUGAAUUUCUUUCUUGCAGUGCGCAAGCCAACCGUGCUAAUCGUUUCUUAAUAUCGCGUACGCAAGUUCACUUCUAAAGCACGGUCAAGCAUUUCCCCCCCCCUCUACCUCCAGCGUGUUCGAAGGGGCUUGUGAUUAGCUGUUGUGUCCCGUAGCCUAUUGGCGCACGGCUGGGUAGCGGACUUACGGCUGUGAACGUAACCGAAUGUAUCACGUGUAUGUUGAACUUCUUUCGCACCGUACGUAGCCAGCCGCACUAAUCGGAAGUGCUGUUACCUCCUCCACGAGCGAGGCCGGCUAUGCGACUUUGCCCUUUAUGUUCUACGAGUUCCAAUAAUUUCGGCUCCCCCCCCCCCCCUGCAUUUGUCGGCCCUAUAAAUAUUUAUUUAUUUUGCUUCUAAAAAUAAGCGUGUAACAGAACCUCUCUACCCCUUCAAUCGCAGAUUGAAAAUAACAUGGGUUUUAACCGAUAUAAAUAAUAUUUUUUUUCUCCUGCUUUAAAUAUAUUUCUUUGUUGCUGUUAUGUAAUUUGUACCUAAAACAAAUAUAUAUUCUUGUGCCAACAUAGUCACUUGAUGAUAUUAAGUGCCUUAAUCGAGAUCUGUGUUUUGAAAAAACAAUAUUCCGUGCAGUUUCAGUGUGGUUUUUAUACAUGGCAAUGCCUAUGUACUGUACAGUACAUAUAUUGUCCAUGAAGCGUUUGAUGUUUCGGUACGUGCAAACUGUGUCUCAUGAGGCUAAGGCCAUGGAACUUGACUAAAAAAGCCCGAGGAUAUGAAAGUCUUAAGUUUAGCGUCACCACUCUGUCACUGUAAAGAGAGGUGUAUGCGGCAAUUCACUGUAUUUCUGAAUGCACAGUGUCCGAGCGGAAAUAUGAUGGAGUUUAAAAAAAAAAAGUUAAAUUAUUGAAAAUAUAAAUUAUAUCUGCUACAUGUUUGUAACUACAUACUCGAAAAUACUGAAGCACGUUUAAAUACGCACUGAAUGUACUUUGUGUGUGUGUGUGCGCGGGGAGCGGUCGUGCAGUGGGUUGGCACACUGCGCUAUGAUGCAAGUGACCCCGAGUUGGAUUCCUGGCCACGGUAAAUGUCGGUGCCGAGUGACAUCUGAACCUGUCCUGGGCCCUCCGUCCCCCAAACAGGUCGACCUGAGCCUGAAAUGAGUACCUGGUGUGAGGUUUUGUAGACCUUAGAAUUGGGGGAAAAAUUAAUGUUACCGUGCAUGGUGCUGGCCUUAAUAGGUGCUCGCUAAUAACCCUUGCAUCGACAUUCAUAUGUAGGCUUACAAGGGGAUCGUUGUUUUGUGUGUGUGUGAGCACAUGUCACUGUUAUGUAUGGUGGAGGUUGUGUGUUUUUAUGCACAGGGUGAAAUCUGCCUUCCGUGAAGGCCUGAAGUUGGAAGAAGACGUAUUUGCGUGGUCUCAUCACGUGCCAGGCCCUUGUGGAAACAUUUCCAAUAUCCAGUCAAAUUGAAUGCAUUUCACCUGGGCUUGUGCACCUGCCGUGCAUUGGUCGCGCCUCUGAAACAGCUGCUGCUGCCGCUACGCUGGCACGCAGACCCGCGUUGUAUUGUUUUUUUGCCGGCUGUGAUCAUUUUUGUGCAUUAAAUCAAAAGGCGCAUUGCCCGCCAGCGUGCGGCUGUGAAAGUUGUGCGAGGAUGUUGAUGCGCGCGCCUUCGGCUCUGAACGCACGUGAAGUAAAGAGUUUCGACUUUUGAAAGUAGCGCGUAAAUGUUCUGUACAUUUAUUGUUGUUUAGCGUUUGCGGUGAAAAGGCGGGUGGGGGGGGAAUGGUGUAAUACGUAAUGCAACGUUGUCUUCUUAAAGAAACCUACACUCCGGAUGAUCGGUGCGUUUCUUCUGUCAUACAUCUAAUCCGCGUCUCCGAUGAACACGAUUGACUGCGGAUGGUGCGAAAGAAGUUCUGCAUACAUGCGUCGACGCAUUAUCCGGCACAACUGCCCUUGUCGUUUCUCCCAGCCUGCUCCCACCCCCUCCCCCUAUCGUCGUCACCGUGAUCGGGUAGCUUCCCCUUGUGGCUGCAAGGGGUCACGCGAACCCAUUGCGAACAAACACACGGUCGUCAAGCCAUAGCUAUACUUGGAGAUGAAACGCAAGAAAAACAUUCGAUUGGGGGAAAAGAAAAACAGCCAUUUGUGCAUCAUGCAACAACAACAAAAAAACCCACGUAGACUUUCGCUACCAAUAUUAUUCAUAAGGAAGGUUUUUGGGUUGCAGUACGUAAGUAUAAAUGUUGUCGUGACUAUUCGGGCGAAUCGGCCGAUUUGAUCCUAGAUGUAAUUAGAAGCGAAACGUCGUUUUCAAAUUGUGAAUGUUGUGGAUGUAUUCUCCCAACACGCCUGUGGGCUGAAGUAGUUAACUAAUUGGCGCGUGUUGUUUACGUGACAAACCUUACUGGCUGUGUCGGGUGGUGGAGGGUUACGACACAUUUAUACUUACACGAUCUAACCCAAAAACCUUUAUUAUGAGAAGAACCCCCCUCCCCCCCCCCCCCCCCCCACAUCGACAUUUCCUGAAGAAGUGCCUUUUGGGCAUUUUUUUAUCGUAGGUGACCAUCAAAAUCAAUUUGACCAAAUGAGCGUAUUGGCAGUCCACGGGUGGUGCGCGGUAAAAAAAAACGAAGCUAAAUUUUCGCAAUUAUUUAUUUUCCUUGCAAUUCGCAACUCCCGGUCAGAAAUAAUAAUUUCGGUGGUGGUGGUGCGUCAAAAUCCGUUCUCGUCAUGUCAAAGCAGCCUGACGACGAAUGUCGGUUCAAAUUGCGUGUUUUUAAAAAAUAAUUUUUUUAAUGAGGACCGGUGUGUUUUGCUGCACCGGUGUGUACCGCCAGUACGUCCAAAUGUGACGUGGUGGGACUGCAGCAGUGAUGCAGCAGCCCACAAGGUGUCUACCACUGCAUAGGUGCUGCUGCUGCUGCUGCCAGUUAGUCAGCCACGCGUGCUCAAAUGUAUUCUGAUGGUGACCUAAGGCAAAGAGGACGACUGCCAUUUUUUUUAUGCAGGAUAUGCUGUUUUUUGUUGUUACGUAAUGCACAAAUGGCCGUGUGCCUUGGUUUUGCAACGUAUUGUCACGCAGCCGUUCUCCGCUUGGAAGGAUGCAGCAGUCCCCUGCGUUUGCGCUCUGCCAGUGGGUCCCCUCGCUGCGUUCUAAAUCCGAGCGUGCAAACAACAAACACGAAUGGGGACAACACCAUUUUAUUUAUAUCUCUCACGUGGGCGCCAUUAGCUCACAUUCUACAUUGAACACGGCAAGGCUAUAAUUUAAGCGUUCUUCAGAGCAAGAACGCAGUUUCGAGACAAAUUUGUUUUACUUGUGGAGGUUUUUUUUUUGUACGUGGCGGUGAAGUUAACCAAUUUCCAAGCAUACAACGCUACACAAUUCGAAAAACAUUUUUAUUUUAUUUUAGCCAUUCUGAUAAUAAUACAGGAGGUGUUUAAAGAUGUUGAAACGCCGAAUUGACGCCUCUUGCAACUGCGACAUGCUUUGAAAAUGUAUACAUUGUCUUUGAAACUGAUUGGCCUAUACCAGAGACGGCCUUCAUUAUGGUCUUUAUCCAUAACAGUGUUUUUGGGUUCGAUCGCGUAAAUAUAAAUGUGUCCUUAAACCCGCCACCACCUUACGACCAAUUAGUAAGGUUUGUCACGUAAAUUGAACGUGCCAAUUCGUCAGUAGUACAGCACUAACCGGUGUGUGCUGAUCUAGUAACGAAUUGGCAUUUACGUGACAUACGUUACUAGUUGGCUGUGCCGCUUGGUGGAGGGCUUAAUGACGCCUUUGUAUAUAUAGACGAUCUAACCCAAAAACCUCUAAUGGAUGAUGUUGGUCGCGAAAGCCCUCCCACGUGUUCUAAACUUUAAAGCCUUCAAUUGCAUGGUUUGUUUUCAUCACACGCACAAUGUGUGGUUGACGCAGACUCGAUGCCUUGCAAUUGACGUGUCUAUCUGGCGUAUGAACAUCUUAACACCGCUUUGUUGUUCGUGCCGGUGAGUGCUAAGGCAAUUUUUUAUAUAUUGCUACUGGCAGGAGAAUGGGGGUCCCACAGAUAACGGUUUCUCACACGGGUGUAUUUGUGCGAGCGUACCCUUAUCAAUCGAUGCAUCACACAAUUAAAAAAAAUUGUACAGUGAUGAUUGCCAAGGUUCGCGUUUCGGCACCACGUGCUGACGUUUCAUAUCCAAUAGACAGCCUCUAUUACGGUGGGAUGACACGGAAUCAUCUCGUGUGUAUGCCUCUCCCCCGCCCCUCUGGGGGUACAGCUAAUACAGCAAGAGGGGGGUUUCAAAGGCUUAGGUGGGUUACAUUUAGAUGGAAUCCACGCUGACAAGGAAGAUAACCGCUCCCCCACCCCACAACCUCCCGAGUGCCUUACGGAAAAAAAAACCCACAACCGUUUUUUUUUACCUCUGGCUAGAAGUACACGGUUACAAACGCAGUCGGUCAUGAAUGUCACCGUAUAUCCACAGAGCAGCACCCAUCUGCAGUGAUCGGGAAUAGCUGCCGGGUACGGUACAGUUCAGUUCUCCCGGCCGCCUCGCACCACUUUGGCCUUCGUUUAAACAUCCGAGACUCUCAAUAAUCGAUUUGGCUAUUUAUAAUUGAUAUGUCGGUAUGUUUUUGAUUCCCGGCUCCUUGGUAAAUCUUCAUUGUCGGCAGUUUGUUUGGGAAAUGAACGCCGACUCUUGCAACGUCCCUUCCUCCCCCCCCCCCCUUGUCAGAAACAGAAUAUGUAUUUAUACUGGAGGAUUCCGAUGAGCUAUAAUGCUCUUAAUUUUUUUUACAGAUGUAACUGGACACCGCGGGUCUGUGCAAUGACAUGGACACGUUUGGCUCCGAUAAAACCAUGUCUCUCGUUUGCGUUCGCGCCCUGUGCAAUGAACCCAAGUGAAGGGGCUGGCUGCUAGAUUUGAGCAUUAAAACUCCAAUUGUGUUUUUCAGUUUUCCCUGUGCACAAUUUAUGCAAAAAACAAAUCCACGACGAUUCUGUCCCCGUGUGGAUGAAGAGAGGGCCGGUGGGAGAAGUCGGUUUAAAACAGAAGUUUUCACUUGUUGUUUUGUCGAUUUUGGGCGUUGGAACGAUCUUCGAUUUUCAUUUUAAAGAGGUCGUGCUUACACACACGCACACAGACACGCACACUCAUGUGUGUGUGUGUGGGGAGCGGUUGUGUGGUGGUUAACGCGCAGCGCUAUGAACCCGGCAACCUGGGUUCAAUUCCCGCUCACGGCCAACACCAGUGACGAUUAUCUGAACCGGUCCCGUGCCUCCCCUAGGUCGACUCAAACGAGUACCUGGUGCGGUGUGUAAACAUCGCCACUGGGGAGAUAAAGGCGGUCGGGCGUGGUGCUGGCCACCCACCCCACUCGUGUGCCGUUCCGGCCUUCAUAGGGUGCUCGCUAAACUUGCACUUGCCCCAACAGCCAAGGCUUCACGCGGGGGAUCUUUGUCUUUGUGCGCUUUGCGCCCGUGUUUGUUUACCUUCGCGUGCACACUUCUACACGCACGAGUGAACGAACGAACGGUCGCGUCUGUGUUCGCGGGUGUUGGUGGUUGGAGGAGGAGGGGGGGGGGCAGCGGGCAGCGAAACCUUGGCACUAAAAGCAAACCGUGCGUUAGAUUGCAAUUGAUCAACAUCGUUGCCCUUGUGAGCCCGUCAAACCCACUGGUCGCUGUGUGGCACGAGCGUGCACAAUAGACACGCACGCUCUCCGCUCGCUCACUCAGUCGGCGUAGUGACACUUAACACACACGUGCACGUGCGUGUGUGCGCGUGCGUUCGCCGGAUCGGGUUCAACCGCCGGUGUUUGCACGAGUCCACAAGUGGUCGCCGGUCGGACACAAACGCAGAACGCCAACAGAUUUCGUCAAACGACGCUGCGGUUGCUUUUAGGGGGUCGUACCGCCACGCGUCGUUCGGCACGAUGUGUGUUCACCCACCCACCCAGCACCACACCCCCCCCCCCCUCGACGUUUCGCUCCACGUGCUGCUACAGGAAUUCAACGUUUUGUCCCGCAGCAGCACGUGUGCCGAAACGUCGGACAUCGAGCCGAACGGAGAGCCGCGUGCGGGGACAACCCCCCCCCCCCCCGCUCGAGACGUUGAGGCAACCAGCUGCUGUCGAGCACGCACGCAAAUCCUAAUCUUUGCGAGUUUCUCCUUUUACGGUAGGGCCCGGUAGCGUGAUAAGUCUUUCCGCUGUCCCGGCCAGGUGUACUCUGAGUUCGAAUUGGCGUCCACCCCCGACCACCUACCCCCUCCCAUGGGGGUGGGUGGGGGGAAACGGUGGUGGUGAUGGGGGGGGGGGUGGAAGUUAUAAAUAGCUUUCCAUCUCUAAUUCACACACUUGAGUGGUGGUGGUCGCGGCUAAAAGCAUUGGCGCACUGGGCGCUACGAUUACAAUUAAGAGCUGUACGUUGUGACCCAACAACGAUCUCACGUUUGGCUGGCAGAUUUUGUUUGGCCAGCAUAUUUAUAGCUUAAUACGACCUGGACUGGGUAAUUUGUGCUAUGUAUAUGUGUGUGUACACAGAAUGAAAUGGAACAAAAAACAAGGCGUAUAUUUCUAGAGCGUAAUUGAGUUGUUUUAAGGUCUGAAAAAAAAAUGUACGCGACUUUAGCUCUUUGCCGAUGUGUCUCUCCGGUCAACGUUGCGUAUCGUGCUGCACGAGGUCGCAUCUCUGUCACGGCGUUCAGCAGAUCAACGCACCCUUCACAUCCACGCGAUUCACUACGUAAAACAAUGUAAUACACAAAUCAAAAUUGCACGUUAAUUUUUCAACGUACAUUUCAAUAUUAACCUUGUGACUUUGCAGUUUUGCUAGUUAUUUGGUAACUGGCGCUAGCUACAAUGUAUUUCUCCCCCCCCCCUUCGUACCAGCGAGGCCACGCAGCCAAUGGGAUACGCUGCGGCGCAGCCCAUUGGGUCGCGUCGCGCUGUGACGCUACAGCUAGAUGUGACGUCACAAUCACAUAUGACGUCACUGCAACACGUGUCGGGGUGGGGUCCAAUUUUAUAUCUAGUCCUGCUGUUUUGGGUACGGGCGGGGUUGAUUUUUGUUUCGCUUCGAACAAUCGAGAUGCUUCGGGUGACUGGGUCUGAGGCCUCUUCAGCGCGAGCCGUUUGAUGGUCACGUGGCUCUCUUCCGAGUGACCAGCCCAACGGGGAAGGGGGGGGGCAGCAGCUCUGAAUCUGAGUUCCUGCUCGGCUGGAGGAGGAAUCCGAGGGGGGACGCCACGGUGGCGAGAUGUUAACUACCUCGCCUGGUAUGCAGGAGGUCGUGGAUUCGAUCCCGACCCCGUGACGCCUGCUGUAUAUGUGGAGUUUGCGUGUGUCUCUCUCUCCCCGUGGUCGUGUGAAUUUUUCUCCGGGUCCUCCGGUUUUUCCCUCCACAGUUUAGUUCGGAACAACAUCAUGCGUCGAAAGUAAAACAAUGGUUUAGUUUUAGCAGCAGAAGCAGCAGGUUGGUCGCCACCUCCAGGUGUUGGGGGGGGGGGACUGGGAAGGGGGCCGGCCAUGAAACUCGUGGUGGUCGUGAUGGUCUUCGGGGGUGGUGUUGGAGCCGGGGGCUGAACGAGGCGGAGAUCGGGGGGAGGGGGGGGGGUGAUCUUGACUGUUUUGAUGAAGUGAAACCAAAGUGGUUGAUUUAUUUCGUUUGUCAGUCCUGUAGGGUUGGUAGCAUUCGACACUUUUCGUCAUCCGUGUCUCGUCAUAUUUUCUCAUCGUUCUCUUGUCCUUUUCACAUCAAGCAAUUUCACUAUCGAGUAGGAAGAUACAGGAGUUCUUCUCCCCCCCCCCUCCACACGCGCACGCUGUGACGAGGUGUCACUGAAGUGGGAAUGUCUUCCAAAAUGCGGCGUUAUCAAGCACGUGCAAUGAAAUAAAUAAAUGCGCCCAACAACAACAACAGCUGAUUGCCUCAAACCUGCGCAUGGUCCGUUACUGUGGCGCUGUUAUCAUUGUGACUACUCGAUACCGUUGGUGCACGCACGUCUGUGUGUGUGUGUGUCGAGGGGGUAUGUGGAGAAAAUAAAAACCUCGCAGUAAAACAAAAAGUCUAAAACAAAGCGCAGGAAAGUGGAUGUACAAGGCUGGAGUCACCUGACGACCCUAAAGCCUGUGGCGGCCUCUACCUCCAAAGGGCUGCGAGGAGAUGCGGCAAGUUGCCGUGGCGCUGGGGAAAGCUGGAGAGGAGGGGCGGGGGGGGGUGUGUGAAGAUCGCCUUCAGAACGAUUUCUCAUUCGCCGUGCCGUGUUCACAGAGGGGGGUGUUAAGCGCCGCCGUGACGGCUUGGGUCAUUCGGCGGUGUUUUUCUGCCAUCUCGGCCACUGAAGCGUCGCCUGCUUUGCUGCGCUUGCUGGGUCUCGUUCUCGCGCUCGGCGUGAAAGCCUGGACCGCGUCGAGUGGUCGAGAUCGGCAUUUGUCCAAAGGAUCUGUCUUUGUGACAGUCAGCCUCUGCUCACCCCCCCCCCCCAAUAUUCUUUGCUUACAAUUACCAACGGUGAAUUGUAAUUGACUUCAACCCGGAAGGGCAGUUAGGCCCACGGAUUGCAAACGUAUUUUUACGGAUACAAAACGUUGUGAAGUUGGCAUAUCGAUUUAAAUGAUUGGAAUCGACCACGGUUUAAUUUAGAUCGUAUUAAUAGAAAUGAAAACUGAUUUUCAUCGUCAAACAACCUGACUUUAAAACAAUUGACCGUAAUUUUUCGACUUAAAGCUUUCGUGACUGCAGGGAUUCAUCUUCCUGGUUCUUUCGGUAAAGUCACGUAGAAUGGAAAUAAAAAAAUAAAAUAAAAAUCACGUAGAAUGGAAAUAAUAAAAUAAAAAAGCAAUAAAAACAUAUUAUGUUUUAUUCUUAUUAUUUUAUUAUUUCCAUUCUACGUGACUUUACCGAAUGAACCAAGAAGAAUUGACCGUAAUGGCUACACAACAAAUGUCAGACUCCGUAUGGAGUCUAUACUGGAAAUGAACAACACCAGCCGUUCGCCACUAAGUUGCAGUGAAAUCGCCACAGCGGCUUGUGCCACGCUCGGUGCACGUUGGGACAAGCACGAUGCUUAAUACGACGAUGACGACCACGAUGAUGAUGAUGACAUUUUCCAUGAGUGAACCCAGUAGGUUCCUUCACAGCCGGUAUAUGAAGCUUGGUGCAGAACGUAAAUAGACGCUCGUUUGGACGUAACGUGUUGCGGUCGUGGUUAUUUCUACUCCCGAGUGAAGCCGCCUCUGUGUCUGUCUGUGUGUGUGCGUGCGUGCGUGUGUGCGUGUGUGCGUGCGUGUGUGCGUGCGUGCGUGUGUGCGUGUGUGCGUGCGUGCGUGUCUGUGUGUGUGCGUGUGUGCGUGUGUGCGUGUCUGUGUGUGUGCGUGUGUGCGUGUGUGCGUGUGUGUGCGUGUGUCUGUGUCUGUGUGCGUGCGUGUGUGCGUGUGUGCGUGUGUGCGUGCGUGUGUCUGUGUGUGCGUGCGUGCGUGCGUGCGCACGCGAGCCGUCUGUAAUUACGACCGAGCAUCGGCACGAAUGAAACCCGUGGCAUAAAGGCCGCUUUGACUCCCGAGCGUGACCCCGAUGUAGCUCGCACGCCUGGGCCAAGAACAAGAAUGAUGGAUUUCGCUGGGCCCGCCACCACCCUCGUCGUCCCCCUACUCCCUCCCACCAACACCUUCCGCUGUACCUGAUGCACGAAUCCCUUUUUAAAUCCUUUAUAUUAAGUUCACUUGCUUACGACCGUGCAAAUCUUUCGGUCGUUUUUUAAUCCACUUCCCGUGAUCCAAUCGAGCUGACAUUCUGCACACUGACUCGUUGUGCGUGACAAUGUAUUUUCGUGAAUUUUUUUUCCAAAAUGUUAAACUUUUAAGGAUUUAUUCAUUUAUUUAAUUACCAAUUGCUUAAUGCUGGCAGGUAUUCAUCUGACCCAUAGGUGGCAGCCAUCUCAAGCCAGAAGACGAGAGGACUCUAGCCGCCACGCAUAUAAAGGAUUUAUAGUGAAAAACUGAGUUUUUACGGGUUAAUUUUCCCGGUGCACGUUAGGGGGGGGGGGGGGGUUCGUUUUGUUGCGCGCUUCGUUUUGGGUAAAAUGCAAUAGGCGGGGUUGCGCCCAACACGGGUUUACGGAAACUGCGGCGAGAAGUGGAAACCGGCGAGCGUUGACGGACACGCGCGCACCUCGAACCUCGUGUGGCACUGCGCGUUGCCAAUCGUGUUAAGUCGGAGGCGCGGGGGGCAGGACACAACAUGCAGUUUAAAGGAAUGAGUUUUCGAAUCCGAGCAGUGGUUCUUCACUUUUGCAGCAGCCUUGCACCCCUUUCGAUCUCAAUCGUUAAUUAUGUUUUUUUAAAUAAUGUUAAUAAAUGCAUUGGUUUGGGUGAAACAAAGUAAGUUGUUACUUACGUGCCCCUGCUUAAUUUGUGUUUCGACGAUUUGCCUUUUUAAAAUAAAUCUGGCCGUGCCACCCUAGGUUAAGAAGAAUAAGAAGAACCACUGGUCUAGAGUGACGUAAAUGCGAAGCGAAGGUUUGAAGGUCAGACCUGGACGCCCUCUGUGGGGUAGGGCUACCGAGUGACGGGACGGGCUGCUGUUUUGCUAGGGCGACGGGUUGCGUGGCCUUGGGAGCGAUGGUACAGGGCGGGUCAAAGGGUUCUCUGGGCACCGACCGCGUCAGAAAACGCGUGGUGGGGCCUUAAGAGGGAGCGAAAAAAAUCAGUCCGUGAUCUCGGCCCAUCGAGACCGAUCAAGAUGUGAAAACUGCAAUCGGUCUCGUGUGCUUGCACAUUGUUAACAAGGCCCGUGUGUGUGUGACAUGAACUCCGUAAGCUCAAAUUAAUGAUUAUAUUGUUGCUAACCGUGCCUUGAGACUGUUUUGCGAAAGAUGCCUUUUUACAAGUGCAAAUUAUUGUUAUUUAUACACUUUAGAGCUUCUCAUUUAGUUCACUUUAUCGUCUUGUUUUUUUUGUAAUUUGUGAUUUUUUUGUAAUAAUGUAAUCUAUUGUGCAAUAGUUAUUACUGUUACAAACGUACACUGUAUUGAACGUAUUUUCAGUCGGAUUCUGACUCGUUUUUAUGACCCGUAUUUGUUUUGCUCAUGAAUGAUUGAAUGCGACCGAGUCUUAAGAUUUGCGGAGAGAGAGAGUACAUAUUUUGCAACAAAAAACAACCUCUUAUCAAAAUGCACGUGAUUUAUGAUUAUUUCAUUUUGAAGAGAAAAAUAAAACCCAGGAAUAAAAAGAAUAUAAUUAUUAUGGA